AUGGACUGGGACAUUGACAUCUUCAACUUUGACAUCGAUGAACGAGAGCUGGACAUCAGCAUUCGUUCAAUCCUCCUCAACGAGUCCAGCUGCAGCACAAUGCUGCUCUCAUCGCACGAACCAGCCAUGGUGGACCAUUCGCUAAAUUUGCCCCAAACGAACCUACUAGGUGCGAUGGAAUCAGCAGUUCUACCAUACCGGAAACCAUCCAAAUGCACAACCCCUUCGUCAGAGCUCGAUGCAAGUGACCAGGACUCGGGACAUGCCAGCGAAGUUAGUCAUACAUUCUCGGACAUCUCAUUGUUUGAGGAAAUGGCGAUAAGCCAUCAACUACCGGCCGACGGAAGUGACGUGGAAAAUGAUGCCCCUAUUCUCUUUUCCUUUGCCGAAGGCGAUUCUUUUGGGAACCCAUACCAAAGGCCACCAACACGGGACCGAACAGAAGUGUGUGAACUGUGUGGAAAACUGUUUUCGCCCCGAGUAAACCCCCGGAAGCCAUCGUCGUCGCCGGCAGAAGAUGACAUUCGGUGUCCGGAAAGGUGUGAGUCGUGUAGUGCAGAGAUAGUUGACACCAAUCAUAAUCAUCUCGAAGCAAAUGCCACUAAACGUCGCCACAGUGAUCCCUCGGCAGCCGUCCUGCGUUGUCAACACUGUGGCAAGCAAUUCUCACGGAAACUCGCCCUCAAGUGUCACCUGCGGGUGCAUACCGGUGAAAAGCCGUUCCGGUGUGAAGUUUGCUCGAAGACGUUCGGUCUCUCGUCGACACUGUCCGCGCACCGGAAGUUACACGAUCGCACCGGACCCGGUCUGAAAUGUGAGACGUGCGGUCGUGUUUUCACGCAACCUAGUGCCCUCUCGAGUCACCGACAUCUGCACGCCGCGGUCCGGCCGCACUCCUGUGGCCUGUGCGGGAAACAGUUCGUACGGCUGCACGCCCUGAAGACGCACGUUCGCAGCCACUCGAACGAGCGACCUUUUGGGUGCGAUCAGUGCGGAAAAACGUUCGCCGAGAAACACGUGCUCAUUCGCCACCGGAAGACGCACAGCGACGAGCGGCCGCAUCGGUGCGCUGCCUGUCCCAAGACGUUUAAGGAAAGGUACGAUCUGCUGCGUCAUUCGCUCAUUCACAGCGGUCUGCGGCCGCACAAGUGCACCGAAUGUCCGAAAACCUUUGUCCAGUCGAAUGCCCUUGCGAAGCACCGGAAAUGUCACGAGCGGGAGCGGAAGCUCUCUAGGCAGAACGAGUUCGGUGCAGUAUCAUUCAUCCUUGCAAGGGAAGAAACAUUAUGUUGCUAA